GCGGGGCCCACGAAGAGGGCAGUCGCUCAUCCGCACAUCUGAAUCUCUGCCUCAGUUUCCUCAAGUAGUCUUCAGUUCCCCCGCCCGCGGGGAACGUGGCUUUGUUUUGGAAGGAAAGGGAACGUGACUGUGUGGCUCUGGCGCCUCUUCCUUCCCCUGGGGCCCGGGAAUGGGGCGUGGGUGCAGGCGCGCGUGGCACGGGCCCCGCUUGGUCCUGGGCCCAGCAGCUUCAGAACCUCGCCCCCUCCUCCCGCACGAAUUGACUCACCCGGGGAUUUCCACUCCCUCCCCCAACUCUGUUCUAGUCAGAUGCUCCGGGCACCACGCGGUGAGCCCACGGUUUCUCUCGUGGCGCGACGCUGGUGUGGCUUCGGAAGUGCGGCUGAGGCUGGGAUCUACACCACCACACCCCCAAAGUCCUCUGGGAAUAUCGAGGCAGGGCACCUGGCAGCUCUGACAGCUCCAUGGCCUCGGCCGGCCACUGAGCCCCACCAUGGGCAGCCUGUACUCGGAGUACCUAAACCCCACCAAGGUCCGGGAGCACUAUAAUUACACCAAGGAGACACUAGACAUACAGGAGACACUCUCCCGCCAGGUGGCCUCGGCCCUCAUCAUCAUUCUGUGCUGUGCCAUCAUAGUAGAGAACCUGCUGGUGCUCAUCGCAGUCGCCCGAAACAGCAAGUUUCACUCAGCCAUGUACCUGUUCCUGGGCAACCUGGCCGCCUCAGACCUGUUGGCGGGCGUGGCCUUUAUAGCCAAUACCUUGCUCUCGGGCUCUGUCACGCUGCAGCUGACACCAGUGCAGUGGUUUGCCCGUGAGGGCUCAGCUUUCAUCACACUCUCCGCCUCUGUCUUCAGCCUCCUGGCCAUAGCCAUUGAGCGGCACGUGGCCAUUGCCAAGGUCAAGCUCUAUGGCAGCGACAAGAGCUGCCGCAUGCUGCUGCUUAUUGGGGCCUCCUGGCUCAUCUCACUGGUUCUUGGUGGCCUGCCCAUCCUCGGCUGGAACUGCCUGGGCCACCUCGAGACCUGUUCCACCGUUCUGCCACUCUACACCAAGCACUAUGUGCUCUGUGUGGUAACCAUCUUCUCCGUCAUCUUGUCGGCCAUCGUGGUUCUGUAUGUCCGCAUCUACUGCGUGGUCCGCUCCAGUCAUGGCGACGUGGCCGGCCCGCAGACGCUGGCCCUGCUCAAGACUGUCACCAUCGUGCUAGGGGUCUUCAUUGUUUGCUGGCUGCCCGCCUUCAGCAUCCUCCUCCUGGACUAUGCCUGUGCCGUGCGCUCCUGCCCUAUCCUCUACAAGGCCCACUACUUUUUUGCUUUUGCCACCCUGAACUCGCUGCUCAACCCUGUCAUCUACACAUGGCGCAGCCGGGACCUGCGGCGGGAGGUACUGAGGCCACUGCAGUGCUGCCGGGAGGUGGUGGGGGUGCAAGGACGGCAGGUUGGGACCCCGCGCCACCGCCCCCUGCCCCUUUGCAGCUCUAGCUCCCUGGAGAGGGGCACCCACAUGCCCACGUCGCCCACGAUUCUAGAGGGCAACACAGUGGUUUGAGGGACAAGUGGGCUGACAACCAGGCCAUUGCAGAGGGCUCCAUGGAGAGGUGCCAGGUGACCUCAGACAGAGAUGUGGGGUUGACAAGCAAGGUGGCCCACUCCACAGACCUGGGUAAUAUUGAAAAUAUUUUAUACCUGGGAUGGCCAGCUGAGGCACUGACCUUUGGAACAAAGAGCUGUGGCAGAGUCCUAGAGGCCAGUGCAGUGACUGGCAUGAUCCCUUCAGAACUGGAUUACAGGGAGGUCUGAGGUUACCAGGAAAGGGCCUGGGUAAUAGCAGACAGUCACUCAAGAGGAACUCAGGGCAGGAGCAAUUUACAACCUGGUACAAAGGAUUUUACUUCACGACUGUCUGACCCUGUGCCAGACUUCACCCUGUGCCAGACUCUCCUCUCUGAAUUUACCACCCUUGUCAUCUUCUCCUGGCAGCCUCAGGCCACUUCCCUGGAACCACUGUCCCAAGAGGCUGGCGACUUCCUCUUUGACUGUUGGGGCAGCCCCAGCUAACAGUUGCCUGGGCCAAAAUCCACAGCUUCCCCAAAUUUCACCAGCUGGCACUUUGGCCACUUCUUUCCUUUUACUCCACGAGUUGCCAGGAAACCACAGGCUGGAUGGGGGGUGCCUGAACCCCAUUCUCAGACCUCAUUGGCCAGUUGCACUAUUUGGGGCACAGAGAAAUCACCAAGGGCUGGAAAAACCUGUCUGGGGAACUGAGGAGGGCUCUGGGUUCUCAGUAGCACAGCAUGGAACUUAGAAAAUUCUGGGGAGCUGUUAGCCCAGGACCCUUUCACCCUCCCAAAAAAACAACUACCCCCAGGCUACUCCCACCUCCAGCCUGAGCUGAGGUACAGCUCUCCUAAGGCAGAGCAGCCUUGAGUCCACUGUGCCUCCUUUCAAGUUGUAGUGAAUGGAGCAGGGAGUGAGGGUGCUGAGGACAUUUGUGGGGGCUCUCCCACAACCUUCCCCAGAAGGACUUUGCUAAAUCCUGUGGAUAGAUAGAAGGGUCAUUGCGGUACAAACAUAUAUUUAUGUGUGUCUGUCAGGGUCUGUGUGUGUACGUGUGUGAUGUCUGCGACCCUGUCCCCACCAUGUUUCCCCAGAAUGGAUGCUAUUCUGUCGUCCUGUGUCUCUGUUGAAGCUGCCAAAGAGGGGUCCGGCCCACACAGACCCCUUCGUAAUUGCUGGCUUAUUUCCCCACUUGAGAGCUGGGCUGCAGCUCACCUUGGGGAAGGAAACCUCAUGCCUCAAAAUGAUUUCUUGUGAAUGCAAGGGCUGGGAGGGUCUUUGGGGGGCCAGGAGCCAGUUGGGGGCUUGUCUCUCCUCAUUAAGCUCCCCAGAUGCCCCCAUGCCCCAUGUCUGAGGCUGGGCCCAGGCCAAUAAACGGUUCAAUUUCUCUUUCUGA